AUGGGGAGUUUAUCUUCCGAGGAAGACGAAGAAGGCUCUUCGGAGAGAUGCGGAAGCUACAGCCCCAGCGCCGACAUUAGCGAGUCAGAGAGUUCGAGCAGCUUCUCGUGCCGCCGCUUCGACGGCGAGGGAGCCUCAAGCUCCAUGACAUCGUCUCCCCGAGGCGGUGCGAGAGGAUUUUACUUCCCGGCGCCGGUUAUGCUUCCGGUGAUCGGUGGGAAAGAUGUGGUUUGGGAUGACAAGUCGGAGAAGCAGGAGAGCGAUUUAUCAGAAAGUGAGAUGAUGAAGGAGAGAUUUGCGAAACUACUUCUGGGAGAAGACAUGUCAGGAGGAGGUAAAGGGGUGUGUACAGCGCUUGCAAUCUCCAACGCCAUCACCAAUCUCUCUGCGACUGUGUUUGGGGAGCUAUGGAGGCUGGAGCCUCUUGCGGCGCAGAAGAAGGCCAUGUGGCGGAGAGAACUGGAAUGGUUACUCUGUGUGAGCGACUCAAUCGUUGAGCUCAUCCCUUCCAUUCAGCAGUUCCCUGGAGGCGGAACAUAUGAGAUCAUGGAGACUCGCCCGCGCUCUGAUCUCUAUGCCAAUCUCCCUGCUCUCAAGAAGCUCGAUGCCAUGCUGAUUGAGAUGCUUGACGGCUUCUCCGACACCGAGUUCUGGUAUACUGAUCGCGGCAUCGUCCUCGGAGAAUGUGAAAAGCAUACUUCCUACGACUCUCCAUCUUCCGUUAGGCAGGAGGACAAGUGGUGGCUGCCCUGCCCUAAGGUUCCGCCUAACGGCUUGUCAGAGGAGACGAGGAAGAAACUGCAGCAGUGUCGGGACUUUGCUAACCAGAUUCUCAAGGCUGCGUUGGCCAUCAACAGCGGUGUGCUCGCCGAAAUGGACAUCCCCGACCCUUACUUGGACACAUUGCCCAAGAGCGGGAAGGAAUGUCUUGGAGAGAUGAUCUACCACUACUUGACUGCAAACAAGUUCUCACCGGAAUGUCUCCUAGACUGUCUUGAUCUCUCCUCGGAACACCAGACUCUCGAAAUCGCCAACAGGAUUGAGGCUGCCGUGCACGUUUGGAGGCACAAGAAUGGGAGGACGCACAAGAAGAAGCAGCCCAAACUAAAGCUUUCUUCAUGGGGCGGCAAGGUGAAAGGCGAUAGAAAUGAGUUCCUGGUGCAGAGAGCUGAGACCCUCUUGCAGAGUCUCAGGAUCCGUUUCCCGGGUCUUCCCCAGACGACGCUCGACAUGAACAAGAUUCAGUACAACAAGGAUGUAGGGCAAUCAAUCCUGGAGAGUUACUCGAGGGUGAUGGAGAGCAUGGCCUUCAACGUCACGGCCAGAAUAGACGACGUGCUUUAUGUUGAUGAUGCCCUGAGAAGAUCCGUCUCUGCCACGGUCACGGAAUCGCUCUCCCUCUUCAGCAUCAGUGGGCUCAACGCUCAGAAACCCUUCUCUGUGCAAGGAUCCCCGUAUGCAACGCCUUCCCUAAGUGUAGCAUCGAGGAGCCCGAGGAGAGCACCGCCGCUGUAUACUGUGAAGAGAGACAAGGGAGCAUUUGGGGAAUCAGAGAAAGGAUGGUCGUACGCCGGAAAUCUGAGUUCAAGAAGAGUAACGGGAGUGACGCCGGAGAGAGAUUAA